AUGGACACGAAAAAUGACGUGGAAAGGGGCCAGAAGUGGCACUACGAUUGCAGUGCUGUGCUCGGAUUCUUUCGUCAAGAUCUCCCAAGGCCAGUUUCAGGCAGACUCGAUGCCUCAGAAGAGGAUUUCGACCUGAUAGAGCAACGGUACGACACCGACAAACUGUUGCCGAAUAACGGCAAAUUUCUCAGUCAAUGGCAACGAUUCGCCCAUAAACUAAAAGUGAUGAAUCAGAGGGCUCCUAAAGGGGUGACAUAUCGACUCCUCUACCUUGGGAGACACGGCCAAGGGUAUCACAAUGUUGGCAUAACAUUUUAUGGAGAUGCUGCGUGGGAUCAGUAUUGCUACUAUGGCACAUUCGACCGGGACCCUAACGUCCCAAGCAUAACUUAUCUCGAUGCCCACCUAACCCCUCUCGGCAUACACCAAGCCAAAACUGUCUCGACAUUCUGGCACAACUUGAUCUCGAUCCAGAAGAUGCCUUUGCCGCAGACCUAUUACUCCAGUCCACUCACCCGGGCGAUGCAAACCGCGCAGCUCACCUUCUCCAACUUAUCUGUGCCACCGACUCGGACCUUCCGCCCUGUAGUCAAAGAAUUCCUCCGUGAAGCAUACGGCAUCCAAUCCUGUGACUUACGGCCAACAAAAUCAUAUAUUGAGACCAACUUUCCUGACUUCCGGAUCGAAGAUUCCUUCACGGAGAACGAUGAGCUGCACUCUCCUACUCGCCGGGAGUCGCUUGGGCGCCAUGAUAAACGUGUUCGUGCAUUACUUGACGAUAUCUUCGCGCACGACGAAAGUACAUACAUCAGCAUGACAAGCCACUGUGGGACGAUCAAGGCGAUACUACGAGUUGUCGGCCAUCAGUCGGUUUCUCUACCACCAGGUGGUAUCGUCCCGGUACUCGUCCAGGCUAGUGAGGUCUCUGGAAAGCGACAUGAUGAGCAAGAUAGGCCGGAGUGGGACACCAAGCCUGCCUGCGAGUCUGACCCACUCAAGGCUGGGAAGGACGGUUAUAAGGACGUCGCCGAGUUCUUGGACGAGAUUAAUCGUUGUUUGCCCAGAAUUUAG